CAAGCAACCUGAAACGACCCUGCUGUGGUUAAAGCUUGCAAAUGCAAUCUUUUGAAAAACAACUUUAAGGCUGCACUUAGGCUUCACGGCCAAUCUGUAACUUCCUCAUUUCAAUGUCGCAGACAGACGGAUUAGAAAAUGCCUCUCGCACCAUGAACCAAAGUAGAAGGAACUGCACGGUAGAGCCAGAGAUAACCCACUCAGUGGUGUUCCCCUGGAUCUACCUGUUCCUAGCUCUUCUUGGCCUCUUGACCAAUAGCCUGGUCUUCCUUGACCUCAGGAGGACCAAGAGGAAGCCCACUGUCAUCUUCGCCCUGAACAUGGUGCUCUCCGAUGUCAUCCAGUGCUUCAGUCUCUUUUUCAGGAUGACUUUCUACCUUAAUGCAAAUGAAUGGGAAGCUGAGCAGCCAAUGUGUGGGGUAACCAUUUUUGUCUCGGUGACAGUCUUCUACAUCAACGUCUACUGCAACAUGUGCUUCCUGCUCUGGAUUAGCCUGUGCCGCUUCACCACGGUGGUGAGGCCUGACCACACCAUUCUGCGGGUGUUCAGGGAAGUCCGUCUGUGUCGUCGGAUUUGCCAAGUGACUUGGUUGGUCGUUGUGGUGCUCAUUGGCAGCCACAUGGUCUACAAAGAAUACAAAGGCAAAGGAAUGGGAGGCAACUGUUUUGAUCAUAUGAAUAACCGCAGAAAAACAAGUUCCAGUGGCAUGCAUGCCAUUGGCCUAGUGGUCUUCUACCCCAACCUUUUGGUCAUGCUGUUCAGCUACACCCUGCUGUUGUAUCACCUUCAGCGGAUUCAUAAGUCCAGCCAGCUUAGCCAAACACAAGGAUCCGGAGGAGGCCUAAGGGUCAAACGGAAAGUUAUAGCGUCCGUGCUGGUAUUCCUUGUCUGUUUCCUUCCCUACCACAUCCAGAGAAGCAUCCUGCUUCUGUCACGGGACCCGGGGAACUGUGGCAGGACGCAGAAGAAGUUCAGGGUCAAGACCAACACCAUCCUAUUGGCAGCGUUUAACUGCUGCCUCAAUCCCAUACUGCACCUGGUCUUCCGUUUAGCAUGCUGUCGUGGGAAGAGACUGAGACCGGCGGGAGCAGAAGGCCAGGACAUACACAUUGUUGGGAGUUUAGAUUCACCUACAUGACAUAGAAACAAUGUAGAGAAAAUGCUAUGCAUGAUGCUAUGCAAUCCAAAUAUGGACACUUCCUUUGUAUUAGCAACCAAUCAAGAAACUUCAAAGGGGGGUCUAGGCUGAGAAUGGAAUCUCAUUGGCUGUGUUUCAAGGCUGUUUUCUCAAACUGAGUUCCCUCUCCCACUCUGAGAAUGAAAUCUCCACUUCAGAAGCACUUAAAUACAGUACACUUACAAAACUUUCCAGUCUUAUACCUAACUAUAUUUAGAAGGCUUUUAAAGAGGGGUUUGUUGAUAUAGUAUUCCUAGCCUGAUUUAUGACAUUUUAUUCCUGAAAACUGCGAAAAUCGAUUUAAGCCUAUUGACAGUAUAUUCUGAUUUACAAGAUAACAAAAGUAGAUAAAUCCCUCUGUAUUUUUCCCCAUAUCUAAUAUGUGAACACCAUGAAAAAAAUAUUUUGAACCUGGCUUUAUCCAAUGCUCAGAUUUCGUUUUUUAAAAGGUAUGCAAAUUAGCGCAUAUUUAAUUAGAUAAUGCCUAAUGUACAUAUUUCAAAAUUACAGAAAACU